AUGCGGUGGACCCUUGCGGCACUGUUCGGCUCGGCCCUCGUGGCCAACCAGGCUCUGGCAGAGCUCACCUUCACGGUGGAAGCCACAAAGAACGGUGUCCCCAUCCCACAAUCCGAGAUUAAGCUAGAGCCCUUCGAGUUCGGCCGUACCCGCAUGGGUGGCAGCAGCCCGACCCCAGUCCACCGAAGGAUCCGGAGGUCGAACCCUACCGCUAAUAGUAACAACUGGUGCGGCUCUGUCAACAAAACGCCUUCAACCAACCAGAUCCAAGUCAUCCACGGCACGUUCCAGCACCCCACAUGUACCCAAAGGGCCGGCGUGACAACGUACCCCCAGGCGGCCGCAAACUGGGUGGGGAUCGACGGAGACUCCUGGAAGUCUGCACUGUUGCAAGCAGGGACGGUCUGCAAGAUUGAUAACUCGACCGGUAUCGUCAGAAACGAAGCUUGGUGGCAAUGGGUUCCUUCUGCCGCCUACACAAUCACGACUAUGCCAGUGUCAGCAGACGACUGGAUCGAGAUUACUAUCGAGACGACGUCGACGACAGCAGCUGAAAUCACGCUCUCCAACCUCUCCCAAGGCCAAACCUACACCAUGAAGAUCGCCAGCGGGCCGACCCUCGCACGGGUAGACGCGGACUGGGUGGUGGAGCGGCCGUACUACGGCGCCAACCUGGCCAGCUUCCCGACCUUCACCGACGUGUGGUUCGACGAGGCGUGGGCGACGCGCGCGAGCGGCUCCCUGGGCAUCCUCGGCGCUAGGCAGUACCAGAUCCCGGGGCUGGGCGCGGUCCCAGGAGUGGCAUGGAUCAGCAGGAGGUUAGUUGGGUCGCUUUCAGUCCUUUGA